GUGCAAAGAUGCAAUCAAAGUUGCCUAGCUAAUUUGACAAAUUCAAAAAUACGUUGUCAUCCCUCGUGGAAGGACAGAAGCAGGCGGCGGUUUGAAAUUCAUUUUUGAUCAAGCAGUGCAAUGGAACGGAACAAUUUGGAUCUUCUGGUGCCGUACGUUUGGCCUGAGCUCAUAGGAUACACCAUUCCAAAUACACCAACUGAUAAUGUCCAGCAGGAGACAAAUCCAGGUAUUUCGAAUGCAACGGAAAAUGUUGAAAAUGUUGCGCCCUGGAACGCGCACAGUGAAGCGUCUCCUUCCACUGCGGAACACGUGCCAGCUCAACCGCGGCGUGUGCUUCAGCAUCUAGAUUUAAAUGAUCAGAACGUUUUAAAUCGUAAUCAGAACGCGCAGGGCUCCAAUAUCCAGCCAGGAAAGCGCCAAGUUAUGCGUUUGCCUUGCACGUGCCUCGUGGGGCCAACAGGGCACAUCUUGGAAAUGCUUAUCACCCCAACUACCAUGGAAUUCUACUAUACUAAAGUAUACCAAGCAUUCGAAUGCUUGUACACCGUCCAUCGCUGCUUUCAACUGAUGCCCAGCUACCAGAUGUACGAUUUGGAGCUGACGAACGUAUCCAUCUACGAAAUUAAGUUCCCUACGUUGUGCCCUACGCCGAUGUCUACGUGCACAAGAUCCUGCGCGCAUUCAGAUAUCAAAGCGGCGAAGUGUGUCGCCGCCCGUUCAACUUCCAGAUGCGUUUGUCUUCGGCGUCCAAACUGGACGUACUCAUCAAGGUGUUCAUUGGACCCCGCCUUGACGAUGCUGGCCAACCGCUCACCUUCACCGAUUCUGCCCGCUAUUUUAUCGAAGUGGAUAGUUUUCACUACCGUCUUCAUGUUGGAUGGAACUUGGUCCAUCGCUUGGCGCAACGCCAUUUUGUUCAGUAUUCCAAGAGGCGGAGUCCGGUACGUUUGACCCACGAAAACUUCCAGGUCUACUUCCACGUGAGCCACUAUGUCCCCCCGAAUGGUUUACGCGCACCGAAGAACUACAAGGGUGACUGCUACUUGUACCGUCCGAAGGGCUUUCCUUUCGAUAGGGCUAUCAACUGCGAGUGGAUUUAUUUGCAGAAGAAUUCACAGUUGAAGCGAAUUAUUCUCAAGCAUAACUGGUAAAUGCAAAAAUGCAUUUAUUAAGAACACUUUAAGGGCUAUGCAAUUGCCAUUUACAAUAAUCGUAUGGAUUAUUUAGUAGUCAAAAAUUCGUUUCGUUCAUUUAUCGUAUU